UGUGGCGGGCUGAUUCAAGGUAUAAGCAAAAUGGAGUUAAUCGCUGCUCUGAAGUUUCUUAAACUACAUCAAGUACCAGAAGCCUGGGUUGAUGCAGUUUGGGAUUCAGAAUUCACAGAAAGGAAACCACUCGAUAACACCAUAGAAGAACAACUUGCAGCCAUUGGAGAUGAGGCCUUCCGAGACCUCUUCGAUUGUUUGCUGACCUAUACCGGCGACCGGCAGUCUGUCAGCAGAGUUGUUGCUUCACAGAAUAUCUGGGCGAUUCUGGUGGAGAACAGGGUGUCAGUCAAAUCUCUGGUAGCUGUGCUUUCCUUCUUUGUCCUGACAGGAAAAGACAAAGUGGCCGAUACCCAGCAGAGAGUCAGCAGCCUGCACGCUGCUUCACUCUACCUGCUGCUGCUUGGAAUCCCAGGUGAAAAAAUCUAAAAUCUAGAAAUACCUGAAUAAGUAUGCUUGUCAGCCUUUGCAGUGGCUGCCCCUAAAUUACCCUAAUGCCCCUGAAUCUCCUUAAUGCCCCUAAAUCAUUGCUUAAGACUUGGGUUGGGUGAUGUGCUAUAAGGUCAGGACAGCCAAAAACUGUUGAUCGAUGAUGUAUCCCUGCCGGUGUGUGCGUGCGUGCUUGGCUCCUAUGUGCUGGGGUAAGUAAGUCUUACCCCAGCAGUUACUGCUGGCAAAAGAUUGUAACAAAAAAUCUGCAUGGGCAUUUGCAUAUAC